AAACCAAUAUGGACCGGCUGCUGAGGCUUGGAGGUGGAAUGCCAGGGCUUGGCCAGGGCCCCCCAACAGAUGCACCUGCUGUGGACACAGCAGAGCAGGUGUACAUCUCCUCUCUGGCCCUGCUCAAGAUGUUGAAGCACGGCCGUGCUGGUGUACCAAUGGAGGUCAUGGGUUUGAUGUUGGGAGAGUUUGUUGACGACUACACAGUGCGAGUGAUUGAUGUGUUUGCCAUGCCCCAGUCAGGGACCGGUGUGAGUGUUGAAGCAGUGGACCCUGUGUUCCAGGCCAAGAUGUUAGACAUGUUGAAGCAGACUGGCAGACCAGAGAUGGUGGUGGGGUGGUACCACAGUCACCCUGGUUUUGGCUGUUGGUUGUCUGGUGUCGACAUCAACACACAACAGAGCUUUGAGGCACUAUCAGAGCGAGCUGUUGCUGUGGUAGUCGAUCCCAUCCAGAGCGUCAAAGGAAAGGUUGUUAUUGAUGCCUUCAGAUUGAUCAACGCCAACAUGAUGGUGUUAGGUCAUGAACCAAGACAGACCACAUCGAACCUGGGUCAUCUGAACAAACCCUCAAUCCAGGCUCUGAUUCAUGGACUUAACAGACACUACUACUCCAUCACCAUUAAUUACAGGAAAAAUGAGCUGGAGCAAAAGAUGCUGUUAAACUUGCAUAAGAAGAGCUGGAUGGAGGGUCUGACCCUGCAGGACUACAGUGAGCACUGCAAACUCAAUGAGACGAUUGUCAAGGAAAUGCUGGAGCUGGCUAAGAACUACAACAAGGCUGUUGAAGAAGAGGACAAAAUGACCCCAGAGCAGCUGGCAAUCAAGAAUGUUGGAAAACAGGUACAAAAAAAAAAAAAAUGCAGCUGA